GAAUGUGAGCACAACCUCCUGAGGGAAAACACUCGCCAAGAAAACCGGAAGCGGCGACGUUUCAUAGACAGUUUGUUUAAAUUAAACGACAAACUGUGCGUUUAGGAGAACGUAUAAUAUGCUAAAGUGGGUUUUAAUAUGGUUUAUGGUCGAAAAUAAGUUAUAAGUAUUUAAAAGAUGUUGUGUUUACGCCCCUCCCACUCACAUUAUGGGCGAGUCAGCUGACUUUUCCCAGCGUGCGACUUAAACAGAAACCGGGCGGAGAGUGGAUGUGUUCCGUUUCUCAAAGCAGGAGCACCCGAGCGGGAUUUGUUGGUUUUUAAACGUUAUUUUAGCUCACAACCUCUGCGCAGGGGAGUGAGGCGGAUGGUAAAGAGGAUAUAAAGUGAAAAGCCCUGCGUUAGUUGAUUAAUUCGCGCUGUGUGAGGUGCUGCAGCCGGUGCUGUCGGUCAUGGCUGAGUCGUUAACCCUGCUGAAGCGGCUAAGUUAUGCAGUCGGACAUUUCCUAAACGAUCUGUGCGCCUCUAUGUGGUUCACUUACCUCCUGGUUUAUUAUCACUCUGUCCUGGGAUUUCAGAACUCUUAUGCAGGUGUGUUAUUGUUAGUCGGACAGGUAGCGGAUGGAGUGUGCACCCCUCUGAUCGGAUAUGAAUCGGACAGAACCUCAGGAUGCUGCAAUUACGGCAAGAGGAAAACGUGGCAUUUAAUAGGGACGGUCAGCGUGGUGAUCUCUUUCCCCUUCAUCUUUAAUCAGUGUAUGGGCUGUAGUGAAUACACUCCACAGUGGGCCAGUCUCAUCUACUUCAUCCCCUUCAUCAUCAUCUUCCAGUUUGGUUGGGCCGCGACCCAAAUCUCCCACCUGUCCCUCAUUCCCGAGCUGGUGAAGUCCGAGUCGGCCAAGGUGGAGCUGACGGCGUACAGAUACGCUUUCACCGUGAUCGCCAACAUCACAGUGUACGCCGUGGCGUGGCUGCUGUUCCAUUUCCAGUCUAAUGAAGAUCCGUCCAUCACCGAUAACCUCGGUCCCGUCGACAUCCCCAUCUUCAGAAAUCUGAGUCUGAUCGUGUGGGCGAUCGGCAUGCUUUUCUCUCUGCUUUUCCACCUGGGCACGCGGGAGACGAAGGCCGGGGGUAACGAGGAUGAGGAGGACGGAGGUGAUGAAGGAGAAAGGAAACCUCUCCUCACCCGACUCACACCGAACUCUCCCUCUGUGGCUCUGCAGUGGCAGCACUGGCUCAAAGAGCCGUCCUUCUACCAGGUUGCAGUUCUUUAUAUGUGCACGAGGCUGAUAGUGAACCUGUCACAAACCUACAUAUCCAUGUACCUCAUUAACACACUGCUACUGCCAAAGAAGUACAUCGCUACAAUCCCCUUGGUGAUGUACGUGAGCGGAUUCGUCUCCUCCUUUAUCAUGAAGCCCUUCAACAAGCUGAUCGGGAAGAGUAUGGUCUACUUUGUGGGUCUGGUCCUGAUCAUGAUCUUCUCUUACUGGGUUCUGCUGGACACUCAUAUGGGAGACAGUGUGUAUGGAGCUGCAGUGCUGCUGGGGACGGGGUCAGCCACCAUCCUCGUCAUGUCUCUGUCCAUGACCGCCGAUCUCAUCGCCGAUCAAACCCAAAGUGGAGCGUUCGUUUACGGAGCGAUGAGCUUCACUGACAAAGUGGCAAACGGAGUGGGAGUUAUAAUCAUCCAGGGCCUGCACCCAUGCCAUACUCAGGCGUGUUGUCCUGCGUGUGUGUGGUAUUAUCACUACGUGAUGGUGAUUGUUACGGGCGGAGUCGCUGUCGUAGCAGCACUCAGUCUCUGCUCCAUUCUCAUCUGGCCAAUCAGGAUCAGCCGUCUGUCGGUGGAGCAGCAGGUAAACGGCUCUGCUAACCGUCUCCCCGAUGGUCUCGGUGUGAUACCCGGUCUGAUGUCAGAUGGAGAAGACUCAGAAGGCAGCAGCGAGCCGACGCUGGUUAACUGAAUUAUUCCCAAACAUGCCUGUAAAUCUGCACAAACUCUAUUACUGUGAGCCACCGCUGACAUUUAUAUUCAUAUUUAUCCAGUUAUUUAUGGAUAAAUCCCGUGUGUGUGUGUGUGUGUGUGUGCGUGCGUGUGUGUGUGCGUGCGUGUGUGUGUGUGUGUGUGUGUGUGUGUGUGUGUGUGUGUGUGUGUGUGUGUGUGUUUGGACCAUUCUCGUGUGUAGCUGAAACACCUGUACAGUCCGUAGGUCACACUUCCGGGAAUGACCGCUGGUGUAUAAUCCGACUUCCUCUAAUAGCGAUGGCCGAGUCCAGAAGCAGGUCUAGAGGCAGGUGUGCCUCUAGUGCAGUAAUUCAAAACCAAAACAUACCAUGUUUAAGCUUUCACGGUUUUCCAUCCAAUGGAAAUCGGAGGAAGAAGCGGGUCUGUGCCGUGAGGAGAGAAGAAGGAUCGAUGUUCUCGAAAUACAAAACAACGUUAAAGUCAACACGAAAUCACAAUUGAUCCAAUUGAUUAGACCUCUUCAACGAAGAAUUUAUGACCCUCCCUCAGCCAUGACUCUGUAGCGGAGGAGCGCCGCACAGCAAUUCCGCUAACGUCCUGCAGUCUGAUUUGCGGCAGACUGCAGAGAGAGGCAGUGAGGUAUCUGUCCGUUUUUUUCCUCAGAUUAGAAAUCGCGUUAACCGUAACUGGACGUAGGUUUACACGCCAAUAACGUAGUUACGAUUCUUGUGAAAUUGGCCUAUUGUCGUCUAACAGCUAACAGCGCUACCCCAACUGCUGCAGGAAUGUUUAUACUUUAUUACACUUGUAUUAUUGUUUAUUACAAUUGUUUUUAUUCAGCAGCUGGGUUUCACAAAAAUCCAUAGACUAGAUGCACUACGGUGUGUGUGUGUGUGUGUGUGUGUGUGUGUGUGUGUGUUACCCAUAAUGCUCUGUGUGAGUGUGUGUGUGAGUGAAUCGAUUUUUAAGGCAUUCGGACACUAUUCAUUCACAAAGGGACCAGCGAUAUAAAUGCAUUUUAUUAUUAUUUUAAAUUUUUUUAUUAUUAUUAUGUUUAUUAUAUUAUGAUCUAUAAGAAAGCGGCAGUUGUUCUGAAACAUGCAGUCCGUCAGCCGCGACAUGUCUGCCGUCUCAUUGACUUUUUCUUUGUUUAUACAUUCGAAAACAAAUGAGAUGGUGAAGAUGAUCUCGUUUCAGUGUUUUCACCUCAGACCUUCUUCUCGUAUUUGACCCAGCUGUGUGCGCGUGCAAACAACAAAACCCUACGUCUCGCUUAUCAGUCCUUGAAGUAAAUGUUUUCCUGACCAAAAUUCAAAAACCAAAAUUCCUGCCAGAUUGACGGAAGUUUCGGUAACGUCGAUUUUCUGUGUGCGUGCGUGUGUGUGUGCGCGUGUGCGUACUGUCCCUUUAUUUUCGGACGGAAUUGACGGCGCAUCGUCACACGUCCUCCUGUCUCAGAGAAGAUAAUCACAUAAGAGAUAAAAUAAUCGUAUUAUCAUUCUUUUCAGCACGAUGUAGUGAUCUAACGCGUGGUGAGCAGUUUAAUAUCGGAGCGUACGUGGUCACGGCGCACAACGUACACGUUAAUGACGGGGAACAAAACGCACAUCUUUUAAUGUUUAAAGGGAAAUCAUGUGUACAUAUUCUGUUAAAAACGUUGCACAGGGAUUAUUUUUAUUCUGUAUUUCACAGGGAACAACAACAACAACAACAACAUCAUCACGUGGUGACGGACGCAGCGUUGUUCAGACAAACGUUUACCGACCGUAUCGUUACACUUUCGUAAAGCUUUAUAACCCUACAUAACUCUUUUCCAUUGCUAAUAAUUAGAGACGGCGCCAGACCUCUUGGUCUUUUCCAAUACCGAUACCAUCCGAUAUUUUUUCUUUUUUUUUUUUCUUUAACUAAUAAGCUUUAAACUUUAUUUUUAUGCACUGCAGAGGAAAAAUACAUAUCUGAAACACAUGACUCGCCAAACCCGCAGUUUUUUUUCCGCCUUCCAUUGCAAAUAUAAAUACAUAUAAUUGUUUUUAUUCUAUUUAAACUUAAUCUGACAGGAUGUUACAGGAUCUGAUCAAAUUCGCUUCUUAUUUUCUCUGCUAUCUGAUCAAUAUCAGGAUCAGUAUUUUUUUCUUUGAUCCUGCGUAUCACAUGAAUGCCAUUUCGCUGUGCACUCUCUAAUAAUGUGCUCUGUGACAUACUGUAUUCAUUUUUAUACAGAGUUGUUUCGGGUUCUGUAACAUCACCGUAAAGUGGAAACCUUUAUUUACAAACUAAUUACACGCACAUUUGUUUCUCGCUAUCGUUCCACAUUCGGACUCCCUCCUGUGAGGAACGUCACGAUUGUAUAAUUUAACUGUACUUUUGUGAUGACCGAUUUGUUAGACUCGAUAAGCUGCGUAUAAAUCCACUUUUCAUGGAAAGCGCAAACGUUUCGACCGUCAGGUCUUCAUCAGGCACGACACACACGUGGAAUAAAAGUACCACUGUUUAUAGAAGCAGGUACAUCACCUUCAUCAGGCUCGCACUCCAGAUGUCACGUGGUUUGAAUCGAUUGUCACGUGUUUUGGAGUGUGGAGUUUAUCUUCUAUAAAGAGUGGUACUUUAUUCCAGGUGUGUGUGGAGCGUGAUGAAGACCUGGCGGUCGAAGCGUUGUUUUGGAUCUGGAAGUUCGGUGUGUGGAUAUCACGCUUCUUUUUUCCAUGUGGUUAUUUCUGUUGUCCUGCACCUGAGCGUAAAUCAGGGUGCGUUUGGAUGUGCACACCUUUUUUGUUGUUGUUGUUGUAUUUUAGAUUCUUCAGCAAAUUGUAAGGGAUAAUCAAUACAAUAAUGAUUCAGUCAGGUCUGAUAGCAGGUCUAAUCUUUAAAGGGAUAUUUUAAGGAAAUGGAUGGAAAUUUUUAUAUAUAGAUAUAAAUAAUGACACAGGUUUGAUCAGGGACAUGAUCUGCUGUGAAUCUGCCUGAGACAUUUCUUUUUUUUUUUCUUUUUUUUUAUGUACAAUAUUGUUUGUAUGUUUUUAUUAAUUAUUUCCUUUUUUUUUUAUCAAAUUGCAUACAGUAAAAAAAUAUAAUGUA